AACAAUGAUUAUGUUAUGUCCGGAAGUCCUAACUCCGUCUGUGACGCCACUGGAGUUUGGCUACCGGUCUCUGGGUCUGUUCCGGAAUGCAGUUCAUCCUACUUUAACAACGUCUGGUUCCUACUGGUUCUAUCGUUGUUGGGGUUCAUCGCUAUAGUGAUCAUUCUGCUCCUGUUGAUUCUCUGUUGCAGAUUUUGUUGUAUUCGAAAUCGUGUCAAUGAUGAAGAAAGCGAGGCGGAAGGAAGAGGAUGUUGCACGUGCUGCAGAUCAGGGUAUGAGGAAGAGGAAGAAGAAAAGCCAAAACCGCGGAGAAAACCGCUCACAACAGCAAAAAAAUCUCCGAAUAAUAAAAUAAAUAAUAAACCCGUCACAAAAACUAAAAUAACGAAAAAGAAAGUUGUAUCUAAAAAGGGGAAAAUAAUGAGGACAAAAAGAGGUGUAAAAACUCUUAGGAAGGGAAAGGAUAAAACAGCAGUCAAAACAAAGGAAGAUAGACCACUGAACUCACGAGAGGCAAAGAGUAUUACAGAGUGGAAGCCGUUCGCUAAGCCCGUGAGGAAUAUAAACACUAGCACGAAGUAGCACCAACCUGCAGUGCUAGCCUUUUUAUAGAUAGACAGGUCACCUCGUUCUUGAAUUAUAAUGCAUUUGACAUCUACUGUCUGACAUAUAUUUUUACAUCUGAAAGCAU